UUUUUCAUUUGACAUUGUAAAAUAAGUUGCCUACCCACUUUUUAUUUUUUAAUCGCUAUCCAAAACGCCGUUUUAUAAGUAUCGUUAUCAGCGUGACGUUUACUUUUCUUAGUUCGUGGGGCCGCUUAUAACAAGUAAACGUCUCGGUAAAAAAAUAACUCUCUUUUAAUCAAAAUCGCCGAUUUUGUGCCUUACAUGUAAUCGAUUAAGUGUCCUCCGCGAACGUUUUCGCUGUGUUGUGUCGAAACGUGUAAACAUCAUGGAGUUUUAAAAUAAAACCCUCCUUUUAAAGUGGUUUAAAAGUGAUUUAAAAUUGAUUUGUGGUUAUUUAGUGGUAGUUGAGAUAACAUAACCUCAACUGCGACGCAACAACAACAAAUUGACCAAAAAGUGCCUAAUGCAGUAUGCCGGGUUGCAAAAUGUACAAGGAACUUCCGGAACGACUCAUUCCAAUACUUUACAAUACGGACAACAACAGCACAGUGGCGGAGAUGGGGUUAUUUCAACUAAUCAACAACAACAGACAGCGCAAUCACCACCGAAUAAUAACACGUCAACGACGAGUAUCCUCAGGAAUUACAGGAAGGAAUCCAACGGGUUGGAAAAUAAAUUGCAGGGAAAUGAACCGGGAUCAACUUCUUCUGGUGGAGAGAUUCAAGGACCAGUAGCUCGCGUCGCUCCGCAUACUUAUUAUCCAAAACAGAAUGGGGAUGGGUUUAGGUAUCAACAUUUUCCAGAUUUUGGGAUGCAACCUCAACAAAUCGCCCCACCUCCCGUUAAAUAUUCCGAAAUAAUUGAGCCCCCAAUGGUUCAAGGAUUAGAUUUAAACCACCACCAUCUCUCCUCGCAUAUGAUGUCAGCGAAAUCGUCGAAAGAAAAAGCAGCUCCGGGAGUAAUCGGAAACGUUCCGGGGAAUCUCGCAACAAAUGGAAGCGCCGCGGGCAGCGGCGCAUCUUACUUAGAUAUGUCGUGUGCAAAAUCAAGUUACGAUUAUAAUUUCGGAAUGCGCCCGAUGAAUAAUGGUGGUGUUUAUAAGCAGCAGUUUCCAUUGAACGCUCCUCCGUAUCAUCAUCCGCAUCAUCAUCCCGCUUCGAACCAUCAUACUUUGCAAAUGCCGCCUCAAGUGCAACAUCAUCAACAAUAUCAGAAUUACACAAAUAAAAUGGCUCAAUAUCCACGUGGAAGUUAUCAAGGUAACGAUUUCCUCUCGAAUUUAAACAAGAUCGCUCCGGAUAUCGCUCAAGAUAUUAUAAACGACCAACAUUUAAGGGAACAAUUUCCGGUUUAUUUAUCCGGCGAGAAUCAUUACCACCAUCACCGAUUGUACCCGAAUCACCAAGCAGGGCAAUCGAACAGGAUUUACCAAAGGAACCAUCAUCACCAACAAAGGAAUUUAAAUUAUAAUUUGAACAAUUUAAGUUCCGUGCAGUAUCAAAGAAACUUCCAAGAAAAUUAUCGAUUAUACCAAAACCAUCACGUUCCAAAUUUACGAUUCCCGGCGGCAUUCGAGCAAAUCCCGCAACGAGGCAAUUACGAGAGACCCCCAUUCCCCCCCGGAUUCCCAAACUGCUCCCAAAUUGAUUACCAAAACUUCCAUCAAUCAAAAAUCCAUUUUCCGCCGAAAAAUUACCUAGAAAGCAACCCAGAAAUCCCCGAAAUAAUUCCUGAAGUCGACGACGACGACGAAGAGAACUCCCAAAAAGAUUCCAACUCCGGAAAAAGUUUAAAAGCAUACUUAGAAAAUUGGAACGAAGAGAGCUUCUUGGACGAUCAAGAAAAUAACGCGGGAGAUAAAGAAAAUAACACACUUUAUGUUUUAGAAACGAUGGAGAUCCCAUCGGAAAGCGUCAAUCAAUAUAUUCAUUUACAACCCAUCGAGAAGUUACCCCCGAACGUUGUUAUUUCCGAUGCGAAACAAACCGGGAAUGCCCCCGCUUGCAAAUUACUUCAAGAUAUCGCGAUUAAUUCGAGACUAAAACAACGCAAUUUCGAUCAACAUCCAGUUUUACAUAUUCCGGAAGAGGUGAAAACAUCUAAAUCGUUACCGAUAUUAAUUCAAGAUGAUGAGGGGGAUCUUGAAACUAAUAAUACUGAAAUUGGAGAUGAAAAGGCUAAAAUUAAUGAAUUGGAAGAUGAUAGAAAUGAAGACAAUGAUAAAAAUGAAGUUGAAAAUAAGUUUUCUGUAAUAAAGAAGAAUGAAGCAUUUGUGCAAAACUUAAAAAAUGUUGAAAUGGAUCAAGAGAUGUUGAGUUCAAAGGAAAUCGGAGAAAAUAAAGUUGAUUACGAUAAAAGUAAAGAUGAUAAAUUGGAACAAAAUGAUGAUGGGAAAAACGAUAAUGAUCAGGAUUUCGAUGAACCCAACGAGGACUGUCUCGAAAAUAAAGAUUUUGAAUCGGAAAUAGAAACAAAUUUAAUUGAAAAAACUAAUUUUGAGGUUGUGGAAGAGAAAAUUGUUGAUGAGGAUGAACAGAAAACUCCAAAAAAUGAUUUAGAGUUAAUUGAUAACGUUGAAACAGAAAAUAAUAUUACGGAAAUUAAUGAGAUUGUAGAGGAAGAAAAAGUUCUUGAAGUGGACAGUACAGAAAAAGUUGUGGAAUUAAUUAAAGAUGUUGAAAUUAAUCAAAAAGAGGAAGAAAAAAGUGAUAAAGAAGAUUUACUAAAAAAUGGGGAAGAAAAUGAUCAAAUGGAAGAGAAAUUGUGUAUUCAACGGAGACACAUUCGAAUAACCGAUCCAAUUAGGAAACAUAACCUCCAAAAUAAUCAAAACUCAACGUUAAGCAACGAUAACCACCAACAUUCUUUAUUAAAAUUAAACGAUGUGGAUUCGGAUUCAUUAAAACUGGAGGAUCAUAAAGAAAUCGAGAAACACGUUCGCUUUAACCUAAACGAUAAAGAAAUUAUUGAAAAAGGCGAAGAAAAAAAAUCAUUUUCUUCAUCGAAUGAGUCAAGUGAUGACUCGAGCGAUGAUGAAAGCUCUUCGAGUGAUGAAGAGAACAAAAAUAUUGAAGAAAUUAAAAUAAAUGUUAACGAGGAUGUUAAAAAUGAUAAUGUGGAUGAGGAAAGUUUAUUAUCGAGUGAAAAUGAAGAUGAAAUUGAUGAUAAAUUGAUCGAGAAACGUAAAUUAAAGGAGAAUAAUAAAAAGAAUAACAAGAAAAGGAAGAAUUUUUGUGUCAAGUACCCUCAAAACGAUGAUUUAUACGAAUCGAGAUUACACUCGACGGAAAAUAAAAUUGUAAUAAGGAAAAUGAUGACGUUGAAGAGGGAAAAUGAGGAUUUUAAAUGUUACCAAACGAAUAAUGUUCCGAAGAUUAUAAUUAAGAACGUUGAGGAGAAGUUCGACGGUGAAAUAGAUGAAUCGCAAGAUUUCGAUUUAAAUUCUCGAAAUAUUCUCGAAAUUAAUAACAAUAAUCAAAAUAAUUAUUCUGUUUCAGUAGGAGAAACCGAAUUAAUCAACGAUUUUGACAAAAAUAAAACCGAAAAUGAAGGAAUUAAUGCAGAUAAUGAUAAAAGUGAUGAUAAUAAUGUUGAGGAGAAUGUGUCAGAAACAAUUAACGAGAAAAUCGAUGAUUUACAAUCUCAAUUCAAUGACGAUGUUGAUGAAAAUGAAGAAUAUAAAGAGAAAACUAAAGGAAUUGAGGAGAAUAAUGAAGAAAACUUGUUUAAAAAUAAUGAUAUUGAUGAGAAGCCGUCGGAAAAUGAUCAAAUUGAUAAAGAAUUAACUAAAAAUGAUGACGAAUAUAAAGAAAUCCAAGGUAAUCCCAUUGAAAAUGAGGAUAUCCAAAGUAAUCCAAUUGAAAAUGAGAAAAUCCAAAGUAAUCCAAUUGAAUAUGAGGAAAUCCAAAGUAAUCCAAUUGAAAAUGAGGAAAUCCAAAGUAAUCCAAUUGAAAAUGAGGAAAUCCAAAGUAAUCCAAUUGAAAAUGAGGAAAUCCAAAGUAAUCCAAUUCAAAAUGAGGAAAUCGAAAGUAAUCCAAUUGAAUAUGAGGAAAUCCAAAGCAGUCCAAUUGAAAAUAAAGAAAUCCAAAGUAAUCCAAUUGAAAAUGAGGAAAACUUGCUUAAAAAUGAUCAUUUAAACGAAGAAUUACCUAAAAGUGAUGAAUUAGAAGAAAACCUUAAUGAAAUUGAGUCUAAAUCUCUUCCAGUUAAUGAAUUGGAAGAAAAAUUUUGCGAAAAUAUGGAAGAGGAAAGUAUAAUUUUAGAAAUAUUUAAAGAAUUAAUCGAAAUUAACGUCACAAAAAAUGGAUUUGGUGAAAAAAUCAUUUUUGUUAAACCUUUAAGUGAUGUUCGAGUGAUAACAAAUAAUCAUGAUGACUUAAAUGGGCCUCUUAGUCAUGAUGAAACAUUAAUCGACAGGGAUAACCAAGAAAAUAAUGAAAUUGAAGAAGAAAUUUUAAAUAUUGGAGAUGAAAAUCAAGAAAUUGAAGAUGAAUAUCAAGAAAUUAAAGACAAAGAAGAAGAAAUUGAAGAAAAACAAGAUGAAGGGGGAAUACAACAAGAUAUCAAAGUGAAAUAUCAAGAAAUUGGGGAGGAAUUAAGUAUGAUUGAAGGAAAUUGUGAUGAAAUUAUAGAAAAUGUUGAUUUUAUUGAUUAUAAUAACGAAGUUUUGAUUGAAAAUAACCAAGAAAUUGAUGAAGAAAGUGUUGAUGAAAAUUCUAGGUUAGUUUCUGAUGAAGUUAUUGUUGAAUCAUUUGAAAUUGGAAACCAAUUAAUUGAAAGUGUCGAAGAAACGAUUGAAAAUGAAAUUGAAGGUAAUAAAUUAAUUGAUACUGAGGUUAUUGAUAAUAAUUUAAUUAUAAUUGAUCAAAACGUAAAUAAAAAUUAUGUUAAUGAUGAAAAUAUUCCUCCACCGGAACUGUUACCUGAAAAUGAGAAAGGUGAAGGAAAUGUGAUUGUGGAGGAAAGCUUUAUUAAUAAAAAUAAAGAGAAUUUAGUGGCGGAGAGUGUUGAAGAUGAUGAAGAGAAAAUGCCGAUUUUGGAGCCAAUGGUGGUGAAUGUGAAUCGAGAAAUAGAUAAAAAUGUACAAGAUUCAAUAAAAGAUGUUGUUGAUACUAAAAUGUUGGAAAAGAAGCGCAAAUUUAAAGUAAAAUUAAUGUUGGAUGGUAAAAAUAAUAAUAAGAGGAAGGAAAAUGUCAAACGAAAACUUUCCGAGUGUAAAAUUAAAAAGAAAAACUUCAUCAAAGCGAAACGAAAAAGGAAUAAUUUACGAAAUGAACGUGAAUUUGUAUCAAAUUCGACGCAAAAAUUCGCAAAAAAAGAAGAUUUAAAACAAAAAAUGCAUAAAUACAAAAUCCCAAAAAAACCGGUAAAUAUUGAACAUGAAAAAUUUGUGGAGGAAGGAAAACAGAAAAAAUUUAAGCGAAUAAAACAAUUAGAAGAAAUUAAUGAAACUAAGAAUGAAAAUGAGGAAGAAAAAUCGGUAAUAAAACUAAAUUCGGCUAUAAAUGUGUUAAAAAAGAAAGUUCAAUUUGAUUUAUCAGUAGAAAAAAUAAAUCCUAACUUAAAAAAUGAUUUAAUCGAACCUAACCUCAAAAAUAAUUUUACCCCAAAUAUAAAAACAAAAUCGAUUAAAUCGUGUUUAAAAGGAUCGGAAGGGAUGAAAAAGCGAUUUUUGGACCCGUUAAAACGUUCUUAUUCGCUUAAUAUGACCACGAAUUGCGAGAAAAAGCGUCGAUUAAGUCUUGAGGAGUACAACAAGAUACGGAAGAAAAACAUUAUUAACGAAAAUUUCGAUACAUACACAAACGAUUUUUAUAGAACGAAAACGAUCGAUUUAGACUUUGAAAGUGCUAAGAUGCAAGAGGAGAUUGAAAAGGCGGUUUUAAAGAAUUUGUCUUCUCCGAAUUUGCAUCGGAAAAACGAUGACUUUUUUAAUGAUGUUGUUAAUGAUGAUGUUAUUAAUUGUGGGGAUGAUAAAGAAGAUAAAAAUGAUCAAACUUAUCAAAAUGAUUCAAGUUUAAAUCAAUCAAUUAUAAUAAACGGGAAUAAUUUUGAUUCCGAUGAUGAUGAAAUUAAAAGUGAAGUUAAAACGUGUUCGACUAAAAUUAAUUUCGUUGAUAAAUCUAUUGUGGAGGAAAAAAUUAAUUCUUUGGAAGAGUUUUUGCCGAAAAUUUCGCGCAGUUCGAAUCGGUCAACGACGAGCGAGGAGAUUUCACAAAAAAUCGACGAUUUAUUUUCAAAUCGCCCGAUUUACGAGCAAAGGAAUUACAGAAUUAACCGAUUUUUGCAACCGAAAUUGACUCAUAACCUCACAAAACGUUAUGAGGCGAUUACAGUUAACAUAGAUUUCGACGAUUUUAAUUAUAACCUUAACAAUCAAGUUAAUAUAGUUAAUAAUUUGAUAGAAAGCGACGAGGAAAAAAUGUUUAAUGAAGAAAGUUUGUUUAGGAACCCUGAAAGACCUACUUUAUAUGAUGAGGAUGAUGAGAAAGUGAUUAAAAUGAGUCCGAAAGUUGAUAAAAACGAACCUUUUUUUAAUGAGAGGAUGAAAAUACACCAGAUUAUUGAUAUUUCUGGGUUGGGGGUGAGAAAUGAAACAAGUUAUGAUUUAAACGAUCAGAAAAGUAUAAUGGAAAAUGUUUCUGAUUUCGAAAAUACGAUUGAAAUAAGUAACGGGGAGGUUGAUUCAAUUAAAGUUGAUGAAAAUGAUGAAGAUGGUGAAGAGCAUUCGCCUAAAAUUAUAGAAAUCAAAGAAAAUUGUGACGAUCAUCAUCGGUUUAAUGAAGAAAUUGCAACAGAGGGAGAUUUGAUUACAGAAAAGGAUAAAAAUCAUGAUUUUCAAGAUAGUUUUGAUGAAAUUAAGCCGAAAAUUAAUGAAGAAGAUGAAUCAAAGAAAAAAAAUGUGAUAAAUUUAUCAAAAUUAAACGCUUUGAUGCAAAUUUAUAAAAAAAUUUUGAUAAAUAACGAAAAUUCGGCAACUCCAGAUUCUUAUAAGAACCAAAAUAGCUUAGAAAAAAUUAAAUUAUUAAUUAAUCGAAUAACCAGAGGUAAUUUUGAUCAAAUUUUAAAAGCUUUCGAUAAGAAUAUCAAUAAUAAUAUCAAUGAAAGUCAAAUUGAACAAAAAUCUUGUUAUGACAUCGAUAACAACCUAGAAAAAUUAAACAUCAACACAAAAAAGGUUAUAAAAUCGCGUAAACGUAAACGAUUUCGAAAUUUAAACGAUCCGGAAGAAGAAAUUAAUACGAAUUUUUUAUCCGAUUCAUCUCAUCUGACGUUACUUGAGAAACGUUGUAAGUACGACGAUUACUCGAUCGUAAAUGGUGCCGGAAGUGACGGUGACGUUUCGAAAUUGGUGAUAAAACUAAAGAAAAACGGUGUGGAAAAUGGUGAUUUCGGAAAGGUGAAAAAUCGCGGCCCAUUUGUUCGAUUGACGCGAAUGGACGUUUUAGAACGGAUGGUUAAACGGAAUCAAAGGACAAUUAUAUUGAAAGUAAGGUAAAAAUUAAAAACAAACUAAAUUUAUUUAAUAAUUCAAAGAAAUUAAUUUGAAACAGUAGGCUACCCAAAUUACAGCCGUGCUAAUUUGGUUGCAUAACCUAAUUUUUUUUUAAAUUUAUCCAUAGAUCUCUUAUUUGAUUUUUUGUAUAUAAAGCAAGUAUGGUAGAAUCUAACAGAAUUAUAUCCCUCCCUUAAACGAAAUUUAUUUUAUUCUAUUCAAUUAAUAUUAAAAUAAUUUUAUUUUUAGUUAAAUUUUGGAAAGGUCAAUUUUGUUUUAAUAAUGUCAACUUUGACAUUGGUAAAUACGAUUUUGGUGAUUUUGUAAAUUAGAUGAUUUGACAUAAAAAAGAAUAGGCUGUCCUAUCAGGUAAAGUUAAAACGUUCUUAAAACGUAAAUGUUUCUGGUUCUAGUGUAAGUUUUAGAAUAAUUAAAAUGUACAAGAAUUUAGCGUGGAAAUAGCAAUUAAUAC